UAUGGACACGCCAACAAUUCUCUCACGUGAUACAACAAUGGUUGAAGAUGAGAACAAAUAUACAGCCCUUGACCUUGAAGGCGAGGACCAUGGUUUACUAUCUACGACAAGUUUUUUCUCUCAGGCAUCCGAGCUUGAGCAGAAUGUUGAUGAGCCUAUCAGUGUUGAAAAUGGAGAAGGUAAUUAUGUUGUUGAUCCAUAUAUUGGAAUGGAGUUCUCUACUCAUGAGGAAGCUUAUAAUUUCUACAAUGCAUACGCCAGACUAAAGGGAUUUGGUAUUCGCAAGGGUCACACAACUUGGUCGAGAAAGAAAGAUGCAAUCAUAUCUAGAAUAUAUGUAUGUGACAAGGAAGGUUUUAAAUUUUUAAAAGAUAAAAGAGAAGAUGGUCGGAAUGUAAUUCGAAAGUUCGAUACAAGAUGUGGAUGCAACGCAAGGAUGGUUAUUGGACUCGAUAGAAGCACUGAAAAAUGGGUGGUCCGAAAUUUAAACAUUAAUCAUAAUGGUCAUCCAUUAACCACCCCAAAUCGGGUAAAGAAGCACUACUCACAUCGGACACUUCAUCGAGCUCAAUCGACAAGAAGGUUGAUAGAUACUCUUGACAUUUAA